CCAAUUCCAACCCACCCACCGCACAGACAUCUUGAUAUAAAGUGGAAGCGGGAUGCUCAGGUCAGUGUUUCUGUGCACAGCAGAUUAUCAGCUCACACACUCAGGACAGCAAGGAGAUUCAUCAAGAAGAUGGAAGCGAACAAUAAAGAUCUCAAAAAACUGAUUCAUGCAUUAUCACCUGAUGUAGAGAGAGAGCUGAGAAACACCUGGACGAGCCUCCUCAAAGGAGCAGUUGUGACGGGAGGAUGCACAUUAGUAUGCGGGGCUCUCAUUGGACCUGUGGGGUUUGCUGUUGGUGGAGCCAUUGGUGGCCUCUGCAGCUGGCUGACCAGUAAAAAGUUCAAGUCUGUGCCUGAGAUCCUGAAGGAGAUGACUGAUGACCAGAGGAGAGACCUCUUCAACGCAAUCAGGCGACAUUUACAAGAACGUGGGGUGACAUGGGAAAAUGCAGAGCAGCUCAUUGCUGCAGUAAUGGGAAAUUAUGAUCUCAAGAGGACAAUUAUCAAUUUGUUAAUCAGAAUGUUAAUGUGAGAACAGGCGUCUUAUCAUUUAUGACUCUGUGUGUGUGUUGGCCUUCAUGAUAGACAAACACAGUCAGAUGUAUUUCUCAGUUACAAACAUAAAUUAGAGAUAAUCUGUGCCGGAGUAGAAAGUCAAUGUAUUUCGUCACUCUGAUUCAAAUAAAAGAAAAAAACUGCUGAA